GCCCCGGUCUUCGUCCGCGCGGUGGCCGCGCGGCUGGGCGACGGCGUGGCGGGCCUCCUGCGAGACCUGCGGAACGCGCUGCGCCAGCCGCGCGGCGAGGUUUACCCCAGGUCGCGCGUGAUUGCGGCCCACAUCGCUGCCGAAAGCCCCGGCGACGCCUCGCGCGGGCUCGCGCCCUCUGGUGGCGGGCAGCCACCACCCGAUCCUCCGCCGGCCGCGGAGGCGCCAUUGGAGCCAGAGGCGCCCUCAGCCGAGGCCUGCGCCGCCUGGGUCCAGCCCGCUCCGCCGUGCGUGGAGCCGACCGUGGAGCUGCGGCCGCCCUCCAUCGAGGAGUGCGUCGCCCUGCUCCAGGAGUGCUCGGCGAGCGCCGGGCAGGAGCCGGGGCAGCAGUUUGCGUAUCACUCGCGGGCCCGCUGCUCGUGGAGGCGCUUCGCGGGCUGCUCGCCGGGCCUGGGUGCUGCCGACGCGCCCUGGUGGAGCAGCCUCCGCCGGGCCACGGCCAACGCCUUCUGUGCUGCCUGCUGGCAGCCGUGCGCACCAGCAGCUGCAGGGUUCGGGCGUCAUCAAAUGAAUGAGGGUGAUGAACUUGUCAUCGAGUAUGCGGUCCACCCUCCGUUGCUGCUCGGCCGCACUGUGGUGGGUGUGUCUCAGAUACAGCCUUUCAACGCAGUGGUGGUUACUCCCGACAACGGCCUGUACGUGGAAGAGCUGGAGCCCGCCAACACGGACAUCCGCGCCUGGUAUCGCAGGACUCCAGGCGGGGGGCCCCCGCCGGCCGCGGCAGCCGGGAUCCCCGUGUACGACUUCGCGCAGCCUCUCAUGCUCGCCGACUUCCACGCGCUGCGCCCUGCAGCCCUCAGACUCGUCGCCGAGCACGACGCCGCCCUGGCCGCCGCCGGGGCCGGCGACGCUGUCGUGCCCGCCGGGUUGGGCCCCGCCGUGGCCGCGGCAGCAGCUGCGCCCAUCGCACCUGCCGCGGCAGCAGGGCCUGCAGGCCUCACCGGCGCUCUGGCGCCUCUGCCCGUCCCCGGGGCUCCCGCUCCAGCAUGCAUCGCAGCGGCUGCUGGAGCAGCUGGCGCCGCGGCCGCCUUUGGCCCAGCAGCACUCGCUGGAGGCGCCGGGCUUCCACCAGCCGCAGCAGGAGACGACUUCCGCACGCUGGCCGUCACCUACGAUGAGGAGGGCCGACGCCACAAACAGUUCGGCGAGGGGGUCAGAGCCAUGCGCCAGCAGACCUGGCCAGACUGGUUUGUGCUGGGCCCGUGUACGGUCUUGUGGUGCGCCAACUAUAUGCUGGAGAACGGCGGGUCGGCGGUGGGGCACCACAUCGCGCUCCGCUCCGCCUGCCGCCUCGGGUUGGACGGCCCCAUCAUGGUGCUUCGCUCCGAGAUGUCGAAGAUCUUCCAGACUGCUUUGUACAUCGCCGCCCUCGAACUCAUCUGCCGCCAGAUCCAUUGGUGCGAGGAGAAGCUCAAGGGCGCGGCCCCGGACGUUGGCGCUGGCGCGGGCCCCGAGUCCGACUCGGCGCUCCAGGACGAGCAGCUUGGCUUCACCGCUGGACUGCUGCAGGCGCACGCGGACGCGUGCUCGUUCGACCCGGUCGACGCCGAUUUCAUGCAUCCCAGCCGGGCGCCGCCGCUGGUGGUGACCUUCGGCAACCGCGUCUCGUCCCUGCUCGCCGCCAUAUUCGCCGGCAAGGCCUCGGUGCCGAGCCCGCCCGCGCUGCCAGCUGGUGUAGACUUCGUGCACCCCAUGCAAUCUGGGGGCUUCCAGGCCUUCAGGGCCGAGCCCUGGCCGCGGCUCGGCACGGCAACAGUCAGGGACGAUUGGAUGAAAGAGCGGAGGGAGGGCUGCAUCGACAUCCGUCUGAACGGCGACCAACGGUCGAGGAUCGGCCGCAGGGACGUGGACUUCCGCGACGCCGUGGAGCAGAUGGAGCAGGUGGAGCUCGCCGACUGCACCGACCUCGGGCCGCGUGCGAUGGGCGAGUUCAUCACGUCGGUGGCCGUCGGCAGUGGGAACCUCACCAGCUACCAGGCCGAGUUGGAGCGGAUGAGCGGCGUCUUCUCCGGGGGGGCCCAGUGCCACGAGCAUCGCUCGCUCUUGGAGAUCGCUCGCCGCGCGAUCUGCAUGGACCAGCUCAAUGUGAAGAACCUCCAUUGCAUGGAGGCGCUGGUCAGGCGGGUCAUUCAAAUCGAGAUGGCAGUACAGCGUAACCCACGGCAUCCAGACUUCUCUGGUCUUGAGGAUGCCGUCGCCGGGCCUACUGGUGCGACAGGCUCGGCCGCCGUCCCGAGGUACACGGAGUUCGUGGUGGCCCGCCAGAAGGACCGCGCCAACAUCUUGAAGCAGAUGAGGCUACACAAGGAGGAGCUGGACCGGGAGCGCCCUUCGGACGACGGGGGGAAGCGCAACCGGAAGGACAAGGAGAAGGACAAAGGCAAGAAGAAGAAGAAGGCAGUGCAGCGCAGCGUGCUGGAAUCGGUCCAGGAGCGGAUCGACUUCUACGGGAACCCCUCGAGCGAAGCGGUGGAUGGCGAGAGGUCCCUCCGGGAGAUCCUCAGAUCCACUGACCAGUACGAACUGGAGCCGCAGCAUCUGGCGAGCUACGACGUCACACGCCUCAGGGUGUGCAACGGGGACAUCCACCCGGUUCCCGUGACGGAUCUGCUACCUGCCGAGAUCGGCUUCGUGGGUUUCAGGCGGGCCAUCAAGUCCCGCUGCGGCGCGUUCUUUGUGCACAAGAAGGACGGCAACAUCAGGUUCAUUUGCGACGCGAGGGCGACGAACAUGUGCCAUCGUCUCCCUCCUCGGACGGUCUUGGGAGGUGCAGCUUGCCUCUCGGAGAUCGACCUCAGCGGCUAUGCCACGGCGCACGGGGGUUUCGGUGGCGUCUGUGAGCCACGUUUCUCGGGUGCUGACGUCAAGGAUUGUUUUUGCCAGCUCGCCAACGAGGAGAUGGGCAGCUGGUUCGGGUUCGACUUCGCGCUGACCGUCGAGGACUGGGACCUGGGCAUCACGCGUGUGUGGGACGACGACGUGGGGGGCUUGACCCCCGCCCGGGCGGGCGAGCUCCUGUUCCCCUGCCUCCGUGUUUUACCGAUGGGCUGGGCUUGGGCGCUGUACUUCCCUCGGGAGGCGGUCGCGCACCAGCGGCCCGGGAAGCCGCUGGCCGCCGCGUACGUGGACAACUUCACGGGCGUGGGGGGUUCGGCCGCCGACGCCGAGCUCGGGGUGCGGGUCUUCGAGGAGCGGGCUGCCGAAGCGGGGCUGGCUUUGCACGCCGCGGACGUGGCGGUGGAGGAGCUGGAGAGCCUGGGCCUGGUGUUGUGCGGGGCCGACCGCCGCGUGCGCCAGAAGCCCAGGCGGGUCUGGCGCUUCUACUUCGCCACGAAGGCCUUGCUGAAGCGGGGCCGCGCGACGGGUGCCGAGCUCCGGGUUUGGGCGGGGCAUGCCGUGGCCUUCCUGGGGCUGCAGCCCUGCUUGCUGUCCAUCCAGCAGGGCGUCUACCACUUCAUCGGCGACGGCAGCCGGCGACGCGCGGAGUUGCCCGCGACGGUCCGCGGGGAGCUCCGCAUGGCCGCCAUCGCUUGUUUUUUGACUGAGGUCGACCUGGGCGCGCCUCUCGCCGACGAGGUCCACGUCUCGGACUCGUCGUCUUCCGGCUUCUGCUUGAUGUGCGGGCGGAAGCCACUUCGUGCCGUCUGGGAUGCGUAUCGCUGGCGUGAGCGCUGGCGGUUCGUGGAGGUGGAGGCGGACGGGAACUCGGACGCCUACGCGGCGGCGUACCUCAACCAGCUCCGGGGCGUCACCGACGGCUUCGGGGCCACGCUGGACGUGGGCGCCCGCAAGCACGCUGACACCCGCGUUCGGGCAGGUCAGCCGGCCGGGGCCUGGCGCGAGACCGAGCUAGGGAAGCUCUUGUUUCGCCGUGCUGCUGUCGGCCGCGGAGCGCCGCGGCGGUGGGCCAGCCGCCCCCGCCGGACCCAGGAGGUGGAGCUGCUGAACGUCGUGCCCGCUUUGCCGACCGCCCUCGCCAGUGACUCCGGGUGGGCCACCGCCGUCGAGGGCCGCUGGAAGUACGACGAGCAUAUCAACGUGAAGGAGGGCAGGAUCUGCGUGGCCGGCCUGAGGCGUUCUUGCCGAACGCGCGCCCGCCACGGGCGCCGUGCUCUCAGCCUCUGUGACAAUCUUGUUUGCUGCUGCUGCUUUGACAAAGGCAGAGCUCGAUCGCGCGUUCUCAAUUCGCUGUGCCGGAAGGCGGCCGCCUACAGCGUGGGCUGUCGCGUCCGGUGGCGGGUCAGACACGCCCCGACGGACCUGAAUGUGGCCGACGAGGGGUCGAGGAGGGAUCGGGCCCGCGACCCCGAGUGGCUGCUGCAAAAGAAGAGGGCAGCGAGCGGCGAUGCGGCUUGUGGGGCCGCAACCGACUACCUCGCGCACCGCGGCGCCCUCUUCGGCAGGGCGGGGGCCGCCGAGCGCGCCCGGCUCAGCGGGCGCUCGCGGGCGCAGUUCAUGAGGGAGCUGUCCGUGGCGGAGUCCACUCGGAGGCUGUGCGCGACGGCGCUCGAGGGCUUCGAGUCGUGGUGUGAUGAAGUCGGUCGCCAGACCAACAGUGCGAAAGACGCUGAUGAGAAUAUGGUGCAUUGGUUUGCUCAGAUGUUCUUCGACGGCAUGGGUCCUGGGACGGGCCGCAACGGCCUGUUCGGCUGGAUCUUGCUACGCGGGGAGCCUUUUCAAGACGGACGUCAGCUGCCCCCUCGAGCCCGGAGGCAGUUGAAGGCUUGGGAGCGGGCGGACCCCGGCCAAGUCGCCCUUUCCUACCCGCUCAUCCUGAUCUGGGCCAUCGCGCUGGACUUGCUGAAUCACGGCCUGGUGCGGAUGGCCGCCUGCGUGGUGCUUCAAACCGAUCUGUACUCGAGGCCCUUGGAGACUCUGGAGCUCCCAGUGGCCGACAUCCUCCGCAGCCAGCCCGCGGCAGGCCGUGCCUUUGCCGGCCGCUGGGCGGUGGUCUUCGCGCCGUCCGAGUCUGGGCGGAAGACCAAGACUGGCCAGACGGGCGACACCGUCGACGUCGGAGUGUGCGGCCGCGAGUGGGUACGUGACAUUGUGGCUGCGCUCAAGGAUUUGGUCCAGGCGGGGGAGCACGUGUUCGACUUCGACCUUGCCACCUACGAGAGGGAGUUCAGGGCCGCCUUGGUGAGGCUCAGACUUCAGGCCGUCGGCGGAUCCCCUCAUUGGCUGCGCCACUCCGGCCCGUCCAACGACAGAUUCGAGAAGAGAGCUGAUCUCCAGUCGAUUCAGAAAAGAGGCCGCUGGGUGAGUUUCAAGAGCGUCACGAGGUAUGACAAACACGCCCAGCUGCUGAAGCAACUUGAAAAGUGUGAGCCUUCUCAGAUUCGAAGCGCGAUGCGCGCUGCCAGCUCUUUGCCUGCCAGGCUUUUGCGCUCGCUUCGCGAGAUGACGGUCCGUGGACCAGUCCCGAGGAGUUCGGGGAGUUUGGCCGAGAAGAAGGGGCCUGCGAGUUUCGGCUAG